GACCUCAUCGUGCUCUCUCUCUCUCCUUUGUCUCAACAGUUUGCCCAGCUUUGCCAUUUGACCUAAUAUAUAUAAAGCCCCUUUGCCAGAAUAGCUCUCUCUUGAAGCUUGCGGAGUCAUCUCUCACAAAAUUCGCCGCAUUCUCUUUCGGUAUUUGAUCAACAUCAAGAACAACAAGCACUUGUUUUGUCUCUUUGCAGAGUCUGCGACCUCAAAGAUCGAUUGCACCGGUUCCAAGUAAAUUGCUUGCAUUGUUCAGAAACGCUGCUUCUCUUUUCAGAGAAAAAGCUGUCGCGGCACACACUUGCAUUUUGAAGAAGAGAGAGUGAGAAGGUGAGAGCUGUAGUUGCGAUCCCCGGUAGCUACACCAUCCUUGUUCAAGACGCCACCAACCCACCCGCUCUUUGUUCUCUUCAGCUUCUUCAUAUGGAUGCGGAUGCUGCAAAAACUGCCCGCGAGUCUCUGGACCUAGCAUUUCAGAUGUCCAACAUUCUUGAGACAGGACUUGAUCGUCACACCCUCUCCAUCCUUAUUGCACUCUGUGAUUUGGGUCUCAACCCUGAGGCGUUAGCAGCUGUAGUCAAGGAGCUCCGAAAUGACCUCGGGCCACUUACACCACAAGAUGCUGCUCCUCAUGUACCAUGAACAGGGCUGUUUGUGUUUGGUGGAGAAACUAAUAUGCUUGUUUGGAGGAAGGAUAUUUUCCUGAUUCUCUCUUUGUUCCUUUUUGGUUCUCCUGUACAAGUGAUGGAUGUUUUCUGUACAAAAAUGUUGAUGCUAUUUUCCUGCUUUGGUUUGUGUUAGGGUGAGCUUUGUAAAGUGCAGUACUGCAAAUGAUUUGGAAGUUGAAACAAACCAAUCAUCCUUUUUUAUGCUAUU